AUGUCAAUUAAUGAAGAAGAUUAUCUUCAACUUGAAGAAGAGAUCAACUUAGAUGAUAUUGAUUUUUCAGAUUUAGAAGAACAAUAUGAUGCUGAUGUUGGCUUAGAUAAUUAUGUAAUAGUUGAUGGAGCACCAAUUGCACCAGAAUCAAAAGUUCCAGUUUUGUUAAAAGUCUUGAGAAAAUUAUUUAGUAGUGCUGGUGAAAUUGUUGAAGGAGAUGAAGGUAUGCAUAUGCCCUUGGAAAAUGGUAAAUCAAAAGGAUAUCUUUUCAUUCAAUACAAGACUUCACAAGAAGCUGAUACAGCAAUUAAAAAAUUACAUGGGAAAAAAUUAGAUCAAAAUCAUAGAUUAUUAGUUAAUAAAUUAUCAGACAUUGAAAAAUUUGGUAAUAUUAGCAAUGAUUUUAAAGAACCAGAAAUUGAACCAUUUAAAUCACAUGGGUAUUUAAAUAGUUGGUUACAAGAUGAACAAGGUAGAGAUCAAAUAAUUUUACAUUUUAGUGAUACUGUUGGUAUUUAUUGGAACAAAAAAUCAAAUGAACCAGAACCAUCAGUUGAACCUAGAAAAGGUUUUACUUCAAAAUAUGCAAGAUUUUCACCAAAAGGUACUUAUUUAUUUUCUAUUCAUCCUCAAGGUAUUCAAUCAUGGGGUGGAGAUAAUUUCCAUAGUAUUAAGAGAUUUUUCCACAAUCAAGUUAGAUUAAUUGAUUUUUCUCCAAAUGAAAAAUAUAUGGUUACUUUAUCACCAGUACCAAUUACUUUACCAGAUUCAGCUCAUGAAAGACAACAGUUUCCAUUCGGACCAGAAAGUGAAGGUCAUAAAUUAGUAAUUUGGGAUAUGAAUACUGGUGAGCCAGUUAGAACAUUUGCAUUACCACCACAUUUAGAACAUCAAAAGGAAAUGCCGUGGCCAUUAGUUAAAUGGUCAUAUGAUGAUAAAUAUUGUGCACGUCAAGGACCUGAUGCUUUAGCAAUUUAUGAAACUCCAAGUUUUCAAUUAUUAGAGAAGAAAUUAGUUAAAAUUGAUGGGAUUCAAGAUUUUGAGUGGGCACCAGCUGGAGUCAAAUUACAUAACUCAAGACAAGAGGAAGGUGAACAUAUCUUAUCAUAUUGGACUCCUGAAAGUACAAAUCAAACUGCAAGAGUUGCAAUUAUGCAAAUUCCAAGUAGACAAGUUUUACGUACUGUUAAUCUUUUCCAAGUAAGUGAUUGUAAAAUGCAUUGGCAAAGUGAAGGUAAAUUAUUAUGUAUAAAAGUCGAUAGACAUACAAAAUCAGGUAAAACUAUAUUUUCAAAUCUUGAUUUUUUCAAAGUUAGUGAAAAAGAUAUACCAGUUGAAAAAUUAGAAUUAAAAGAUGUUAUUGUUAAUUUUGCAUGGGAACCAAAAAGUGAAAGAUUCAUUACUAUAAGUAGAUUAGAUGAUGGCAAUCCAAAUCCUGCAAUUCCAAAAAAUACAAUUACAUUUUAUGCACCAGAAGUUACAAAAGGGAAAAAUGCAAGUACCAAAUAUAAACCUUAUAAGAAAAUUGAAAAUAAACAUUCAAAUACUGUUAUUUGGUCACCAAAGGGAAGAUACGUUGUAGUUGCAACUAUUUCCAGAUCAUCAGGAGAAAUUGAAUUUUUUGAUGUUUCAUUUGAAGAUGAUACUAGCAGGAAAGGUAAUGCCACUAAUGUUAAAUUAUUAAAAACUGAUAAAUAUGCUGGUAUGACAAAUAUUUCAUGGGAUCCUUCUGGAAGAUUUGUUAGUGCUUGGUCAUCAGCUUGGUUACAUGCUAUAGAUAAUGGUUAUAGAUUAUAUGAAUUUACAGGUAAUGGAUUAAGAGAUGAAUCAAUAGAUCAAUUUAAUGAUUUUAUAUGGAGACCAAGACCAGAAUCAUUAUUAACAAACAAUGAUAAAAAGAAAGUACGUAGUAACUUACGUGAAUAUUCAGCACAAUUUGAAGAAUUAGAUGCUAUGGAAGCUGAUGCUGCCGUAAAAGAAGCUAUUUUGGCAAGAAGAAAAGCAUUAGAAGAAUGGAGAGCUUACAGAGCUAAACAUUUCCACAAAAACACAAAGACAAAUGAUGUUCAAGCUGAAAUUAUUGAAGAAAUUAAAGAAGAAAUUAUAGAAGAAAAAGAAGAAAUUGUUGAAUAG